UAUGGGGUUUUUUUUUUUGGCAGUUAUGUAGUAAGUUUAUUAUAGAGUGAUAAACAUAACUUUCCAGGAGUUCUUCCAUAGACGUUAUCUUUUCACAAGUUGCGGACACACGCCACGACCGUUUUGCAGUGAUGGUGCAUACACGCUUUAAAGUGUACCCUACGCGUGGCAGUGGUGCUCCUUUGUCAGAUGGAGAGGACAGAAGAAUCAAGGGCAAGCUAUAGAAUCGUUCGGGCUGUUGCUCGAGAGUUCUGAGUUGAUAAAUACAUGCCAGAGGAACAGGAGAAACUUAGAGCCACUGGCUCUGAGCUGCCUCCUCUGCUCUCCCCGAAGCCCCGAUGACGCGCUGGACCAGUCUUCUGGAUGCAUACUCUAAGAGAUCUCACAUUGUAUCUCUAGCUGACCUGGCAUUGGUUAUACAGCCCAUUUGGCUUUAACUUUGCAACAGUCCUCCCAUCCCAGCCUCCUGAGUGCUGGGAUUACAGACAGCAGCCUGCUUGCCCAAGCUUCUGAGAAGAGCAUAUCAUCUUUAUUCCUAUGGAUGUACCAAAUCUGAAGUCUUCAAGGGAAACGCAUGUAUCUGUCUAUACUGCCAAGAUGGAAACUGGAUUCUGAAAGAGCUAAUUUAGCCCAGUUAUAGUCAUCGUAUGAUCAUCACAUUUGUCCUUUUAAUUGAUUUACAAGGGCGGAUCCUGGAGUGCUUUUACUCUGGUCCAGUGGCGUCUUCCUGGGUUUCAGAGAACCAAACUUGUUGGAUGUUCUCCUGCUGAAGGGUUGCUUUCAUGUUUAGUGACAUUUAUCAUUAUGUAGGGCCAGCUGCCUGACUUCUCCUCAGUGCUCUGUUUAUGGGGUUUGAACAUCUAUAAAUGGAAACACUAGCUAACCAGAAAUUAUCGCCAGGGCUUCUGAUAGUGUCCCAGGCUCUUACAACAUGGAAUGCCCGGCAUUAUCUAACAUGCAAGCAUGUCAAAUCAGUUUCUAGACAGAAUCUGGACCUCUCUCUUUCAUUCUCUCUCUUCCCACCUCUCUCUCAUUCUUUCAACAUGGAAUUUGAAAAGCAUGAACAAGGAAACGCACUAAAGAAGAACGAGAAGUUAGAGGAGAGAGUGACGGUCUCUCCUGGAGAUUCUGAAGCCAAACCUCUGAUCUUCACAUUUGUCCCCACUCUCAGAAGACUACCAACCCACAUUCAGUUGGCUGACACUUCUAAAUUCCUUGUUAAAAUUCCUGAGGAACCAACUGAUAAGAAUCCAGAAACUGUAAAUAGGUUUGAGUACAGUGAUCAUAUGACCUUCAGCUGUGAGAGCAAAGAGGAGAGGGACCAGAGGAUACUGGAUUAUCCCUCAGAGGUCAGUGGGAAGAAUUCACAACGAAAGGAAUUCAAUACAAAGGAGCCUCAAGGAAUGCAGAAAGGUGAUCUCUUCAAAGCAGAAUAUGUUUUUAUUGUGGAUUCUGAUGGGGAAGAUGAAGCUACAUGUAGACAAGGUGAACAAGGGCCCCCAGGGGCAACAGGCAACAUAGCUACUCGGCCCAAGUCUCUGGCUAUUUCUUCUAGCCUGGCUUCUGAUGUGGUACGUCCCAAAGUACGAGGGGUUGAUGUCAAGGUCUCAUCACAUCCUGAAAUUCCUCAUGGGAUAGCCCCUCAGCAAAAACAUGGGCAGCUAACUUCUCCCACUACCUCUGAGCAGCUUGCUCAUAAACCUCCUGCUUUCUCCUUUGUUUCUCCAACUAAUCAGAAAACGCCACCUGUCCCAGCUAAAGUCAGCGGAACCACUGUGCUAGAAGAGUUUCACAUUCGCAGGCUGGAUGUCCAUGGGGCCUCUGAGGAAGAAACGGCUACGUAUUUUCACACUACUGCUCACGAUUCCCCCCUUCCUGCAUGGAAGGGCGCUUCGACCUUAGUAUUUUCUCCUUCUGCUCAACUGCCAGGUUCUAGUUUAUGUGGCUCAAAUGUCGCUGAUCACACACGUGGGUUGGCACCGGAAGCCCAGAAGAAAGUGUCGACUUCGAGUGCCCUUAAUCCCAGGGAAGAUGUGAGAACCUCUCCUUCACCUGCCUCUGGUGCUUCUCUGAGGUCACCCUCAGCUUCCUACAUCCCAGUCCGCAUUGUCAUGCACUCACUGUCCCCAAGUCCCAAACCACUUACCUCCUCCUCCCAUGGCUCUUUGUCCACCGUCUGUAGCCAAACAUCAUCCAGUGGAAAUCUUUCGAAGUCAGGGCUGAAGUCCCCAGUACCCUCUCGGCUUUCUCUCCUCACUGCUAUCCUCAAGUCAAACCCUUCUCACCAAAGGCCUUUAUCCCCUGCAUCCUGUCCAACCUUCUCCCUCAAUUCCCUGGCUUCUUCUACUCUUACACUUGAUCAAAAAAUAAAGCAAACUCCAUCCACACCUAAGAAAUCUCUCUCAAGUUGCUCCUUGACAACUGGGUCUACAGAGCAAGAACAGGCUUCUGCAGAAAGCCACCAACCCUGCCACCUCUCUUUCUUUUCCAAGACUACUCCACUCUCUCAGGCACAACCCCCCUCUCCACCAGCACUGGCCAGUAGCAGUUAUGCAGCUACUGAUACAGAGAAAAUACCAGGAAGCACACUGAGGAGCAGUACAACCCCACCCCAAUCACAGACUGAUCUAUUCAGUCUUGCGGAUGUCCCUUCUGUCACACCAGGCUUGUCCCCUCUUUCUUCUUCCAAGGGCAGAAAGGAUGGUGACCUCAGAGCUCCAGAAAAGAACAGGAAUAUUUGUACACGCCCUUCUACUUUAUCUUUUAUACCACCUAUUAAUGAGAGCACGGCCCUUUCCUCUUCAGGGAAAUGUUUCCACCCUUCCCCAGCCCUCUCAGACCUGAUAGACAGAUCCAAAAGAACAUGCUCCCAGCGACACUCAGACCAGCGGCCAAACCCUUCAGCUCUUCCGACUCCUCCAGUCUCCAGGGCUGGCUCUGCUUCUCAUCCCCAUUUGGGGUAUUCCAUUCUCCCUCCUGAGAGUUCACUCACCCAGGCUCUUCAGCGUAGUCCUUCCGCACUGCACCCGAGUUGUGGGAGUGCUACGUGUCCUUCAAGAACUGGGAUGCCUGACAGUACAGCAUCCAACCGCAGCUCACGCGUUUCAACUCCAUCACUUCCUGUCUCUCUAACAAGAACCAAGGAGCUGAUCUCACCUUGUGCUCUGUCCAUGUCAGCAGGCCCUGAAAAUAAGAAGCCCAAGCAAUACAAGACCAAGUCAAGCUACAAGGCUUUUGCAGCAAUCCCUACAAACACUUUGCUCUUGGAACAGAAGGCACUAGAUGAACCAGCCAGGACUGAAAGCAAUUCCAAGGCCAGCGUGUCAGACCUACCAGUGGAGUUGUGUUUCCCUGCACAGCUCAGGCAGCAAACUGAAGAGCUCUGUGCUACCAUUGAUAAGGUCUUGCAGGACUCCUUGUCUAUGCAUUCUUCUGAUUCUCCUUCACGGCCCUCACAGACAAUGUUGGGUUCUGAAACAAUCAAAACUCCUACAACUCAUCCAAGAGCAGCCGGUCGAGAAACCAAAUAUGCAAAUCUUUCGUCAUCAUCCUCUACAACAUCUGAGAGUCAACUGACUAAGCCUGGAGUAAUUCGUCCAGUACCUAUAAAAUCCAAACUAUUUCUGAAAAAGGAGGAAGAAGUUUAUGAACCCAAUCCUUUCAGUAAAUACCUUGAAGACAGCAGCGGUCUGUUUUCUGAGCAGGAUAUGGCCAUCCCUCACAAGCCUGUUUCUCUCCAUCCUUUAUAUCAGUCUAAACUCUAUCCUCCUGCUAAGUCCCUGCUACGUCCACAGACCCUCUCUCAUGCUGACUGUCUUACCCCAGGACCCUUCAGUCAUUUGUCUUCCUUCUCACUGAGGGAUGAACAAGAGAAAUCCCCCACUCUACUUAGUCAGGACACAUACAAUAAGUAACGAAGCUGGAGUGGAAGUGGAAGCCAGUUUGCUGAAGAGUUUUUGGAAUGCCAUUGCUAGCUGCUUGCUAGACUUAACUCCUGCUUUUUCAGCAGGAGUGCUCUGUUGAUGAUCUCAGUCCAGCAGAAGUACCUGAAAGGUUUGCUUCAGUCACAUAGCAUUACCACACUCUACAAAACCCAGAGCAAGAUCAUAGCCCUUUAGUUCCUUGCAUUGCCAUUCAAGCCUAUAAUGCCUUCUAUUAAGUCGAGAGCAAUACUAAUGUUCCCCUAUAUUUAGCAGGCAAAUAAAGAAGAAUUAUAGCUGAA